AUGAACCGCAUGCCUCCUCCCGAAGGGCCGCUGGCACCGCCGGGUCCGCACCCAGCCUACGAGUCCUCAUGGCGACCGCUCUACCCGCCGACCUUCGACAACCACCCCGACUCCCGCCGCUCCUCCGCAAACCCCCAGACACCCCUUCCGCCCCAUCCAUAUCCAGUGCUGCCAAACCGCGAGCUGCCCCAGCUCUCCCAGGAUGGCCCGUAUGGCCGGCCAAACGGCCAACCGCCCAACGCCCUGUCUCCAAACGCGCCCGCACAUUCCCCGCAGGACGCUAACCCCCCUCACCCCAACUUUCGACAGCCGAUGAAUGGCGCACACGAGGGAUCCCCGGACCACCGAGCUCGCAUGAGCUACCCACCGCCAGACCAGAUCAACAGCGCCGAACACAUGGCUUCAGCCGGCCCAUUACCGCCAGCAUCCCAAUGGUUAACCGCCGCGCAGAUGGCGGCGACUACAGCGUCCACGCCGCCGGGAUACGACCCGGCGUUCUACCAGAACCAGGCAUAUACGCGUCAACGUAAGGCAGCACGAGCUACACAGGCCUGUGAUCAAUGCCGAACAAGGAAGGCGAAGUGUGACGAGGGACGACCGAAUUGCAGUCAUUGCAAGGAAAACAGUCUGACCUGCGUCUAUAAAGAAGUACCACCCCAUAAGCAGGAGAAGACAACGCAGGUGUUGUUAGAUCGGCUAAUGCAGAUGGAAGACCGUCUGGAGAAUCGUAUGUCGGUGAUGCUUGAGACCCAGAGAGACCACGAGCAGCUCCUGCGGUCUCUCUCAACAGAGCAUAAAACAACGCCACGGCCUAUGAAGGCCGCCCAAGAAAUUGCGGUGCCCGCACCCAUGGCGGUGGAGCAGAAGCCAUUGCUCAAGCAGGAAACACCUUCGCUCCAGGCACCCCCGGCGACCCUCGAGCCGGGGACUCAGGACCUGGCGAGUUCGAGCUUCUCCUCGAACUUGGGAGGCGUCGGAGUGGACACGAAGACUGACGAACCAGAGGGAGAAUUGUCCAUUCCUGUUGAACAUACCACUGCAGCUCAUAAGCUUUUGAUGUGGCCCUCAAUCAAGAGACUCCUUGUCCCCAAGGAAUACGAUGAGGACUACGUGAUGCGAUUAGAGGAAGAACGUGGUCUGAUCAGCAUCUAUGGUCAGGGAGAGAUCUCUUACACUGCCGAUGACAGUCAAUUACCAACAGAUGGUGGGUUUGAUGGUGCCCGACCCGACGGAGAUGGCGCAGGCCUUGACGCGGAUGUCGACAUUGACAAGUUCGGUAAUCUGAAGCUCGACGUUGGGACUGCACAACGCUACUACGAAUGUUAUCUUGAUAACAUGUACAAGCUUCACCCGUUCAUUGAGCAGGGCGAGCUUGACCAGAAGGUGGAUAGAUUCAUUCGUUGCUAUUGCCGCAUCAACACAUCCCCAAGUUCCACCUCGAAUUCCCGGCCAGGUCGCGACGGCCCACCGCCAGCGAAGCGGAGGCGUUCAAACGACAAUAUGGGGAUUCGGGGUGAGUUCAUGGACAGUCCCCCUAACCCGCUGCGACCACGUGUUGGCAAGAACAUUGACAAUGCCAUGGUACUGCUCUGUCUGGCUAUCGGUGCCAUCUGUGAAGUUCCAGCGCCCCUUCCUGGUCCAAUCAUGGACCAGCCAAUCGAUUACCGCACCCAACGCAUUCCCGGUCCCCUGACACCCAUCUCUGCGAUUCCGGCCAACCAGAACGGCCCAUAUGCUCCCAACGGUGUGCUUUCACCUGCGAACUCGGACUCGGCUGUCCCAAUGGCUUAUUCGCAUCCUCUCUACGCUAUGCCCAUGCAGUCAGCUAGCCAAUCUUUCCCUUCUACGUUAGGGGAAAAUCGAAAGAACCUCUCGAGACGAUCCGUCUCGGCUGUACGUGACGAACAGGGCAACACCAAGAACUACCAAGUCAUCGCAGGAUUGACUAUGUAUGGUUAUGCCACUUCAAUUUUGGGGUAUCUGCAAGGCGGCAAUGAACUGGAACAUGUUCAAACUGGCUUGCUCGCUGGCCUCUAUGCAGGCCAGCUGGCUCAUCCGUUCCAGAGCCACAGUUGGAUCUCGCAGGCCUCAAGGGCCUGCCAAGUGCUGGUGCGAACAAAGCGGUAUGAGAGACUGGAAGAGGGACCCGUCAAGGAUCUCUACAACUUUGCGUACUGGACAUGUCUCCAACUAGAGAGUGACCUGCUUGCGGAGCUUGAUAUCCCCGCAAGUGGUAUUUCGCGCUCCGAGGGCCGAAUGGCUCUCCCCAAAGGAAAGUUUACCAUCAGCCUUCCCGACGACCUCAGUUCACCUUCGACGAUGAUGAUGUUGUUCUACUCGGCCCAGAUCCACCUUCGCAAAGUCCUCAACAGAGUCCACACAGAUCUUUACAAAGUUGAAAAGCAAGGCCAAAGGCGAUGGUCGUCGACCGUGCAAGAAGCUCUGAGCAUGAACCUGGACCUUUGGAGAACGAGUCUUCCUGACAGCAUGAAGUGGAAGGAUAACGAAGGACCCGCCAAUGAGAUCAAUGCCGCUCGCAUGCGUGCAAAGUACUACGGUGCUCGCUACAUUAUCCACCGCCCUCUCCUUUACCACGCCCUGCACUACGGUCACGCAGGUACCCGCGUCGGCCCCAUCGGCCAGUCAGUGGAUUCCCCAACCUACCAACAGCAGUCACCCUCCGUGACACACAAUAGCACUUCCCGCUCGGCAGAAAUGUCACGCAUGCCCAGUGAUAUGGGGUCAACACUCCCCGUGUCUCUGGUCAAUGGAUGGACUCCUCCCAAAGUCCACCCACGGGAUCUUCCCAAAAAGCUUCGACUUGCCUGCAAGAUCUGCAUUGAGUCUGCAAUUCUCAGCACCGAAGCCUUCGACGGUGUCGUUGGUCACAGAUUGGUGGUGACCAACAUCUUUGGCACAGCCCAUGCACAAUUUGGUAACAUGCUCGUCCUUUCCGCAACUUACAUGUCCGGUCUCCGCGAGAUGGUCGAUGCCAAGAUCCUGGAACGUCUCCUCAAACGCACCAUCGCCUUCCUCGCCCAGAGCGAACACAUCUCCCCUACCCUCCGCGCCGACGCCCGUAUCCUCACCGAGAUUUACGAGAAAAUCUUCCACUGUGCUCCAGACAUGAGUACUUAUCACGGCAUGACACAUCAUUAA